AUGUUUUCUCACAGACCUGCGUCAAAGGCAAAUUUGCCACUAAUAAUCUUGAUAGGAACUUUGGGUGGAGUAUCUAUAGGGUUGAGUCUAGGAAUCCAGUCCUAUGGGUUUGAUGUUUUGUCACAAGUAUUCGAAUGGUACCAGGACAAUGAUGAUGAUACUAUUUCCUUCUACAAAACUAUGUUAUCAGUUAUGUACAUAGUGGGAAUAGUAACUUCAUCAUUAUUUUUCUGGUUAAUUAAACUCAAUGUUAGAGACAUGAUCUGUAUUGGCCACGUUAUUGCUUUAACAGGCUCGUUUAUUGCAUCAGUUUCUUUCGAAAUAUUUUCACUUGGCACGGGGAUGUUUUUCAUUGGGCUUGCGUAUCCAUUUUUAAACUACUCUCCCUUUUAUAUCAUAGAAGCGCUCUCGGGUUGCCAAAAGUAUAUUCCUCUUCAUCAUGUUGGUAUUGGUUUUGGAAUUUUAAUAUCAGCUCUAUCAUCUUCUUACUUCGUCGCAUAUGACCACUUCAGUGCAUCGAUGUUGGUUAAGUCGGUGUGGCGUUUGUUGUUCCUGUUGCCAUGUUUCAACAGUAUAUUCGCCAUUGGUUUGAUCGCCAACUUUGCCAAUUCUACUGAUACUGUGAGAGGUACGCCUGAGGAACUGAAGAGUUAUAAAAGCAUGAAAUAUCCUGAGAAGAACAUAUUGGAGUAUGUUAAAUAUUCUGGGAAUAUUAUUAAUUUGGUGUAUAUAUGUUUUUACUCCAUUUUUGCCAAUGCAGGGUUUUUAUUUUUGUCUGUGAUAUUUUCUGACGACUUCAUUUCAUCACUUUCCCCUGACUACUUUUUAUACUAUCACGUACUUUUCGUCUUUUCUAUCUGUGUAUUGUCGGUCGCUUUAUUUUACUUACAAAACAUUCACCAUCACGCUACUCACAUAAUACACGUCAUAUUACAAACCUCGAUUAUCGUCCUUUCAGCAGUUUACAGAGGAUUGUAUUCUAAAGAUAAUGAUAAUGUCUAUUUAAAAUACACGCUGGCUUGCAUUUAUAUUCUCGCCUACAUUUCCGGCGACGGGCCUCUUCUUUAUAAGUUUUUCUUCAGGGUUGAUAUGUUUGCUUACCAGAAGACCUUUCUCAGCAUCUGCAAUGUACUUUCUUGGGGCGGGGCAUCUCUAGUUUACGUUUUGGGAUCCACGCGUUUUAGCGAUUUAGUACAAUGCUUUAUUGGCAUUAUGAUCGGUUUUUCGACAUUUUCUAUCAUAUUUUCAACCCUUCUACACUAUAAUGUUAAUUUCAUUGGUAAAUGUAAAUUGACGAACGGAUCUAAAUCUGCGAAAAUGUAA